AAAAGUGGCAGUUGAACAGGGAGAUUAGCUGCAUUAGUUUGAAUCAUAUGCUUUUAAAACCUUACAACCGUCUAAACUGUAAAACUACAUUAAAACAAUGGGGAAGACCUGUUGUGCGAUUGACUGUACCAACAUAUGUGAAAAGCAUCCGGAGAUUAUCAUUUUUACAGGCUCCUGAAAGUCAAAGAAAAGGGUAAAAGGAUCGAUGCAUUUCUCUGCAUUAUGAAGAAACACCUGGAAUCCAGGCGUCUGAAGUCUGAAUCUGAAGUUACGUUCUAGAGGGCUGUUAGAAAAGUUUGCCGAUAUUGCCGUUUUGGUGUACUUAUGGCCGACCGUCCUUAACUAUUUCAGUCCCAACAAGAAAUAACAAAUGGACUAUGUGCGAUCACUCCUCGUCAUCUUUUUAACAUCCAGUCGGACCCUACAGUAUUGUAUGGCUAACGUUACUUCUCAGCAAAGCACUUAACAUAUCUUUUAUUCACCUACAUUUAUCAUAAUUGAAAUCAACUAAAACUAACCGAAACUGAGGCUAAUUCCACAUUCCCAAAUAAGGGGGUGCUCUAGUACAAAGCGGUACCAAAAGGUUAUACAUUGGUCUUAGUAUAGUAUUUCCCGCCAUUGAAAUCAGGUCAAUAUCAGGUUAACUGUUUUCUGGCCAUCAUUGUCGAGUCCAACUGUCAUUAAUUUCUUAAUUUGAUCCAAUAAUCCACAUUUUCCCCAGUCUUUCCCACUCAAGGAGGCAUGCCCCAGGCAGCAGUGACAUCCAUUCAUUCAUCUAUACAUCCUUCUCUGGGGGCCAAAGGGGAAAGCUAUGCUGUACAAAUAUUUUUCAAGCACCUACCACCCCACAAAACGUUUCUCCCCAUGUACCACUGUUACCUCUCCCAGCAGUACUUGCUUCGAAUGGAGAAAAGACAGUGACAAAUAUAAACAGUGGGACGGCUGUGUUGAAGGAAAUUACCUCCCAGAACCACUGGCAUGUGGCCAACAUGAAGACAUUCAUCUGUUUUGUAUAGAGUUCGACUCACUUACAAGACGGCAGGAGAGGGAGUAGAACAGUGAGAGAGUGAACGAGACAGUAGAGAGUGUUAGGUGAUCACAGGCUGAGAACAAAAGGCUGCGACUGGGAAAGAGAGAAAGGCAGGGGAGCCACAACAUCUGAAAGUUUUAAACCCGUGAUCGCGGUAGGUGGUGCGAAGAAAAACUGGGGGUUCCUCCAACAUGUGGAAGCAAAGCAAAUUCCACAUUAUGGACCGUUUCAGUCCAAGAGAGAUGUAGGUUUUGCAGCGGAGGGAGGGAAUGCUAUAAAGAAGAGAUGGGGGAGGAUACAAAAGAUACCAAACGGCACGCAAAGAUUUAAGUGAACAGUGUCCUGCAGUUUUCUCACCAGCGACUUUGCUUCAGCAUUUUUGGGUGCUGAGAAGGGGUGAUUUGAAAACAAAAAAGUUGAAAUUCAACUGAAGUACAACGAUUCCUUUGGAGAACAGUGAAUGCAAGAAAAUUGGACAGCAAGAGAAUCAACUGCCUGGAAAGGAAGCAAGGGCCUGACAUUUCAAUGUGGAAGUACUAAUCGUGGCAGGAUUAUUACCAGGAUACCAUUUUUUUUUUGCAUAGGAAACUUUUUUUUUUACACUGCGCAAGAGAUGAAGCAUUUUGUGCACUGAAUCUGAGCUGUCCCGGCCUACCUGUGCCCUUGCCCGUGGGACCUGGUGACCAUGCUGACCGAGUGUUCAACACCAGAAAGAUCAGACCCCCGACCCACACUCAGGUCUGCUGUAAUCUCAGCAGCAACAUAUCGCAGCCAGUCAUGGCACAUCUUGAGGCUAACGGAACACAUGCACCACCCAUUCAUUUCAUUUUAGGCAAAGUACCCGAGAUUCAGUUGAAAUGGGCUGCCCUGCUCAUUGUCAUGGUCAUCAUCCCCACUAUUGGAGGGAACAUCCUGGUCAUUCUUGCUGUGUCACGUGAAAGAAAGCUGCAAAAUGCCACCAACUACUUUCUGAUGUCACUUGCUGUUGCUGAUCUGCUGGUGGGACUCCUAGUGAUGCCCAUUGCGCUCGUCACAGUUCUUUACAACUCUGGGUGGCCUCUUCCGGAGUUCCUAUGUCCUAUUUGGCUUUUCCUCGAUGUGCUGUUUUCUACCGCAUCCAUUAUGCACCUAUGUGCCAUUUCACUGGACCGCUACAUUGCCAUAAAGAAGCCAAUUCAACACAGCCAGUACAAGUCCAGAGCCAAAGCAAUGGUCAAGAUUGCACUGGUGUGGCUCAUAUCCAUUUGUAUUGCAAUCCCAAUUCCAAUAAAGGGGCUUAGUAACUACCAUCUUCCCAACAACAUCACCUUCAACAGCAACCACACAUGCCUCCUGAAAACAGACACCUUCUGGGAAUUUAUCAUCUUUGGCUCACUGGCAGCAUUCUUCAUCCCUCUGACAAUCAUGAUGGUCAUCUAUCUACUUACUGUGCAGGUGUUGCGCAAAAAGGUUUAUUUGCUCAGAUCAAAGGUGACUCAGCGCUUCAGCUACCCAACAAUCUCCACAGUGUUCCAAAGGGAACAGACUAUGACUUCACCUGAAGCUGAGCAAAUGAAUGUGGUGGAUGGCAGACACCAGAGGAUGCAAGAAAAAACAAACACAAACUCAAUGAAUGUGCCAACAAGAGACGACAUAUCAUUUCGCAGAAUGUCAACAAUGGGCAAGAAGUCAAUGCAGACUCUGAGCAAUGAGCAGCGUGCCUCAAAGGUGUUAGGCAUAGUCUUCCUCCUGUUUGUAGUCAUGUGGUGCCCUUUCUUCAUUACAAAUAUCACAUCCGUGCUGUGCACCAGCUGCGAUACUACUGUGAUUGCCCGCCUCAUGGAGAUCUUUGUCUGGGUGGGUUAUGUGUCAUCAGGUAUCAACCCGUUGGUCUACACUCUCUUCAACAAAACUUUUAGGGAGGCAUUCACACGUUACAUCACUUGUAAUUACAAAAACUGUGCUAGUCAUGGAACAGGACAACAUCCAAAAACAUCAACUACAGACUGGGCCCUUAAACGGAUUUCAUUCAGAUCAUCAAUGGCAGAGAACUCCAAAUUGUUCAUGAAGCGGGGAAUGAGGAAUGGCAUCGGGGCAGUAAGCUACCAAAGUCCACUGAGAUCCCGGCAACCACCAGCCCAGUCAUCCAAUGGUGUCAUGUUAGACACAAUACUUCUGACAGAAAAUGAAGAUGGCAAACAAGAAGAACGUGUCAGCUGUGUAUAAGGCAUAAAUAUGCCUUUAGAUUAAUAGUCUACCCUUUCAAGUUGCGAGAGUGAGAAAUACCAUUAUUCUCAAUUUGAUACAUUAGUAAUUUAUUGCCUGACUUAUUGCGCACUGCACAACAACAAAGCCUAACUUGUUGACAUCAAAUUUAAGUUUGCAUUAAUGUUUUUUUGACCAAAAAGUAAAAAAAAUACAACUUUUCGUCCAUUUGUCAAACUUUUGUCUUUUAUGUGGUCAAAAUGCUGCUCACUAGGUCUUCAUGACAAAUAGAUAACAACGUAAAUUCAAAAAGUUUCAACGGGUCAACUUUCAAAAAACAAACAUCUGUGGCAGGUUACAAAGUUCAGCCCAUCACUCAUUAUGUCAACCUGGAAACUCCAUGAAGAUAAGUUCUUCUGCUGAUUAUUUCAACUUGGGCAAUAUAUUACAAACCUCAGAUCACAUGCUUAUACAGCCACAACUACACCUUUCAAAACUCCUCUGCAACAGACAUGUCAAUGAGUUGCACUUUGACAAUUAUAUUAUUUGCAUCUACUGGACCUUUGGAAAGCACUGUUGUAUAGUAGUAAUAGUAGUAUUUAGUAUAUUGUAACCUGCUGUUUGACAUAAGAAUAAAAAAAGAAUAUUCUGAAAUAAAAUGAAUGAAAUUAAACGAGAA